AUGAUCGGAACCUCCCUCCGAUGUGUCACAAAGCAGCCGGAGAAGGACAAUAGAGGCAGCUCCUGGGGCACACGUCACAUUUGUCAGCUGCAAAACGAGGCCGAGCCAUCAACAACAGAACCGUGUCAGCGUCUCCGCGGCGAUGGGAUCACCGCAGACGGGGGUUGCAGUGGCAGUAGCAUGCCCUACAUAUGUCUCAUCCUGAGAGCUAGCCAGGACACAGAGGACACAGAGAGGACACAGAGGACACACAGAGGACACACAGAGGACACACAGAGGACACAGAGAGGACACAGAGGACACACAGAGGACACACAGAGGACACACAGAGGACACAGAGGACACAGAGAGGACACAGAGGACACACAGAGGACACACAGAGGACACACAGAGGACACAGAGGACACACAAAGGACACAGAGGACACACAGAGAGGACACAGAGGACACAGAGAGGACACACGGAGGACACAGAGGACACAGAGAGGACACAGAGAGGACACACAGAGGACACAGAGGACACAGAGAGGACACAGAGAGGACACAGAGGACACACAGAGGACACAGAGAGGAAACAAAGGACACACAGAAGACACACAGAGGACACACAGAGGACACAGAGAAGACAAAGAGGACACACAGAGGACACACGGAGGACACAGAGGACACACUGAGGACACAGAGGACACAGAGAGGACACAGAGGACACACAGAGGACACAGAGGACACACAGAGGACACACGGAGGACACAGAGAGGACACACGGAGGACACAGAGGACACAGAGAGGACACAGAGAGGACACAGAGGACACACAGAGGACACACAGAGGACACAGAGGACACAGAGGACACACGGAGGACACAGAGGACACAGAGGACACACAGAGGACACAGAGAGGACACAGAGGACACACAGAGGACACACAGAGGACACACAGAGAGGACACACAGAGGACACAGAGGACACACAGAGGACACACAGAGGACACAGAGGACACACAGAGGACACACAGAGGACACAGAGGACACAGAGAGGACACACGGAGGACACAGAGGACACAGAGGACACACAGAGGACACAGAGGACACACAGAGGACACACAGAGGACACAGAGAGGACACACUGAGGACACAGAGAGGACACAGAGAGGACACAGAGAGGACACACGGAGGACACAGAGAGGACACACAGAGGACACACAGAGGACACAGAGGACACACGGAGGACACAGAGAGGACACAGAGAGGACACACAGAGGACACAGAGAGGACACACAGAGGACACAGAGAGGACACAGAGGACACACAGAGGACACACAGAGGACACACAGAGGACACAGAGAGGACACACGGAGGACACAGAGAGGACACACAGAGGACACACAGAGGACACACGGAGGACACAGAGAGGACACAGAGAGGACACAGAGAGGACACACAGAGGACACACAGAGGACACAGAGGACACAGAGAGGACACACGGAGGACACAGAGGACACAGAGGACACACAGAGGACACAGAGAGGACACACGGAGGUCACAGAGAGGACACAGAGAGGACACAGAGGACACAGAGAGGACACACGGAGGACACAGAGAGGACACACAGAGGACACACAGAGGACACAGAGGACACACGGAGGACACAGAAAGGACACAGAGAGGACACACAGAGGACACAGAGAGGACACAGAGAGGACACAGAGGACACAGAGGACACACAGAGGACACACAGAGGACACAGAGGACACACGGAGGACACAGAGAGGACACACAGAGGACACACAGAGGACACAGAGGACACACGGAGGACACAGAGAGGACACAGAGAGGACACAGAGAGGACACAGAGGACACAGAGAGGACACACAGAGGACACACAGAGGACACAGAGGACACAGAGAGGACACAGAGAGGACACAGAGAGGACACACAGAGGACACAGAGGACACAGAGAGGACACACAGAGGACACAGAGGACACAGAGAGGACACAGAGAGGACACAGAGAGGACACACAGAGGACACAGAGGACACAGAGAGGACACAGAGAGGACACACAGAGGACACAGAGAGGACACAGAGAGGCCACAGAGGACACACAGAGGACACAGAGGACACACAGAGGACACAGAGAGGACACAGAGAGGCCACAGAGGACACACAGAGGACACAGAGAGGACACACAGAGGACACACAGAGGACACACAGAGGACACAGAGGACAAUGGGUCUCUGUGAUGUCACAUGCAGAGGAGACGAGAACAAAGAAGCGUGUUGUGAAGAACGAUGGAAACAGAAGAGACUAA